ACUGUUUCUAAAGUAGCACAAAGAAAAGGCCGAAACAACAAAACGGUUUCUAAUUUUUUCUAAUAUACCUAGACUUAGACGCAUUUUAUGACAAUCCUGUCUUCGGAUUCCGUGAUUUCUUAUCGUACCGUUUCUGGACUGUCAUGUCAUCGCACUCCGAAGCCGCGACACACUCGCCCCCUCCACCUCUGGAUGCGAGUCCUGUGGAAGAAGACCGCUCCGAAGAUGUAGAAAUCCCACUUACGAUGACGGCGUCCGUUGUCUUGACGAGUCUGCCAAAGGACGCGCGGAGCGCACUGAGGGACGCCGGAAGGGAGCAAGACGGAGAGCGAAAAGUCACGGUGCAUUUUCGUCCCAUCGGCUCGGCGCCAACCCUGCCCCCAAAGCAGGUCAAGUCCACCGUGUCGGCGCACCACCCGUUCAGCUUCGUGGUGCGCUUUCUAAGGCGACGGCUGAAGCUCAAGGAGACCGAAAGCGUGUUUUGCUACUUGCACAACUGCUGGAGUCCAAGCCUGGACGAGAGCGUGGGCGUUCUGUGGAAUUGCUUUAAAACGGGCGAGGAACUGGUUGUUAGUUACGCUGUUCAUCCCGCAUUUGGAUGAGCAGUACUUGAAUUUGAAACCUGGCACUCAAUAUGCUGACGUAAAGCGGAUACCAAACACUUUUGAUGCAUUUCCAGGAGCUUUAUCAGCUUUGGAAUUAUGACAGUCAAAAUUCCCAGAAGAUUUCGGAUCUGAAAUCAAUGUCAUUUUCAAAAUGGCUCUGAAACUAUUCUUCUCCGGUCAAGUGGGCUCUCUGUGUUACGACUUCUGCAGCUCGUCACAGCAAACGUCUCACGGAGCCCAGUCUCUACUUGACUUCAUUAUUUCAGAUUCAGAACUUGACGUAUAUUUAGAUAUCUGGGAGUCUACCAUAUGAUGAAGUCAAUCUCCAGAUAGACAUGAGGUUAGGCUCAGCGGUAUUUGUUAUGUCCCUUUGAUUACACUAUAAAGGAAUUGCAUUAGUUGGCUAGCACCCAAGAUCGCGAAAUAUAGUUCUAGCGCUGACGGCCUUUACUUUUGAGGAGUUUUGCACUCCUCAUAGCAUGGAUAAAUAUUUCUAUUCAUCUAGAUAAGUUACAUUGAUCGUAUCCAUGGUUUGCUCUCCGUUGUCUGAAGUUUACACAUUUUCCAGGUUAAAAAUCAAGUGAGCUGUUGAUCAGGAUACGUGAGAUUCUUACUUUCUGCCACAUUCUUAUCGCUUACUAGAUGUUAAUCUUAGUCCCUAUAUCUAAAUCGGACUUAUUCUAGAGUACUCUGUAUUUGUG